UCUUCGACCGUUGGUAGCGACACGUCAGCUCUUUUUCUCAUUUUCAAUUACAACGUUCGGAUAUUUCUUUGCUACAACAUUUCAAAGAAAGGUAAGUUCUAAAAUAUGAUGGGACUACAUUAAAAAAAGCAAUCCAUAAAUUUGUAUAGUAGUAAAAAGACCCUGUUUCAUUCGGCCCCAAUAGAAAAAAGAGGUCUCAGAUGCGGGUCGGCCUCAAAAAAAAAAAGAGGGAAUUGCUUUUCUAUUUCUUCGCCAGCAACUAGAUUUCCCUCUCUGUGUGUUAUGCCUCGUCUGUCAUUCUCCAUAUGGGAUGUCAGCAUGUGUUUGCGCUGAGCGCAUGUGGCGGAUGAAUGGCGCAGCUCGGUCGCAACAGCUGGGCUCUCCCCCCUUCCUUUUUAGAAACAGAGAGUGUUGUAGUAGUAUCUGGCACAUGUGUUACCUACACACCGCAGCAGCUUAUUAGUACUACACUCGUACAAAAAAGGUUUUACACUUCAUUGCGCGCAACGUAUUUUAAGGGGGUCAUUUCGUUUUCACUUAUAUCGCAAUUUUCAUUUCGCAUUCAACAGCAAGUCACCAAAAAAUUAAACAUGCCCGACGAGAACUUGUCGCCCCAACAAGAGUCCAAAGAGGAGGAAGCUGAGACGAAUCGUGGAGGAUAUUCUCCGCACAGCACAACAACGUCGACUCCACCCAGUCGUAAAAAACAUCCAGAAGAAGAUGAUUCGCCUCCCGACGCUGAUGAUUCGACGCCCUUGAAACAAGUUUUAGUGGCCACCCUAAAACUAUCGGGUUCCAUUUCACGUCAACAUUCCGACAGGGCGCUGCAAAUCGUCACUGAUCUUUUGAUUGGAGUCAUAGACUCGAACGAGUUUCAGCAACGUGUCAAUGAAAUUGUUCACUUGUCUUUUCGAUCCUUCGUCCUGCCUCUACUCGAUAAACAAUUGAAUGGAUUACGAAGAGAAUUAGCUGCCAGACUUCAUCCUGCCCGUCUGUUAGCCCAGCCAAACCCUGCAAGUCAGACGACGAAAGAGCAUGUGAAAGCGCUCCUGUUGCUCGACAGUCAGCUGCAGUCUCAAGAUUCAACGUCUGAACAAGAGCUCAGCGUUUGGCAGGUGUUCCAACCAGGUGCCCAUCCUGCGGGAAGUGAAACGGCUGCUGAUGAAUCAGUCAUAGAGGCUACACAACUCGUGCAACAGCAAAACGGAAGGAAACGUCGCGCUUCGGCCAGUUUGAUAGAAAACAGUGGAGGUGGAGAUAUGGUGGAAGAGACGAGAAAAAGAGUGGCAUCUCAUCCGCCUGUUUGGAUGCCGCCCAAAGACAACAGUAGCCAACAUCAACAUCCAAUGACAUCGGGAGUUGGUGGAGGCUCACGUCAACGUGAAAUGUCUUCAAAUAAAAUGUUAUCAGCCUAUCCCUCUAAUCCGAUGGCGUCCUUUCAACCUCAACAAGGCGAUGAAGAAUGGGCCAACAUCCACACGAUGUUGAACUGUAUCCUGUCGAUGGUGGAAAAAACGAGACGUGCAUUGGGCAUUUUGCAACAUCGGGCCAGCAACGACAAUCAACAAAAGAGAAGAGAUUCGUCUACGUCUCUUCAUCAGCAGCAAGUGACGUACGAAGCGUCUGAAUUGCGACGUCAGGCAGGUGAAUUAAUUGCCCAAACAUUAAAGGCGACAGAAGAUCGUGUCAAUCAAGUCAAACGUAAAGCAGAGGAGGCCGUUCACGAUGUCAGACGGGCAGCUAUGAUCGAAUUGCAAAGGGCACUUUCAGCCGAACGUCUUCGGGCUGAACGAUUGGCCGCUGAAGCCCGUCGUCAAGGAGCUGAAGAAGCUCUUUCAGCUUUGGGCCAGCACGCCAUGAUGAGUAGCAGUCAUCAUCAAACAUCGCCAGCUAAUAAGGAAUUGUGCUGGAACUGUGGAAGACGGGCUAACGAGACGUGCAGUGGAUGCAACGUGGCUCGUUAUUGCUCUACCUUUUGCCAGCACAAACAUUGGGAAGUUCAUCACAAAAUUUGCGGUCGAGUGUCUCAAGUGAUGCUCGCCGCUGCUGCUCCUUCAUCAUCGAUGGAACAUCAAAGCGAAUCAGGUAGCCCGUCAUCUUCAUCGCAGCCACGCCAUCGCAACAAUUCAAAGACGCCAAGUCCCGUACAGCAAUCCAGUUCGGCAUCCUAUGUCCAUUGAGUCUAAAUUUUCGGCACUAUAUUAUGCAUUAGAAUAGAAACUAAUCGCAACGUUUUGAUAGAUAGCUAGUCAUAAUUUAACCUAAACCAUUGAGUGUGUAUCACGUGGGGUAGAAAUCCCCCUAACCAGGAAUCCUAUAUUUGAUAUUAUUGUAUAUGGUAAACCCCAAUCUAACAAUGGACUUGUAUGCGACGAUCUCACCUUUCUUUUUGUUCUUUUGUGCACUCAUUGUUACUUUCUAAACUAAAAUGAAUCACAACAAUUAGUUCUCUGGUCACUUUAUUGUAAUUGCGCUUCGAUAUCAUGUGUUUUCCUAUCCGUUUGAAACAAGUCGAGUUCCUAGUCAUUGCUCUGACGUCACACGUAGAACGUCCUUUUCAAAGCUUUUAUUAAAAAAUCAUCAAUGUGUAAGCAAAAACUAAACACGACGAACGUUAUCGUCUUCUCCUGUUCUUUGUAUGUGUACUGACUGCAGAAAAUAA